CAUAGCCGUGCCGGAGGAGAGGCACGCACGUGCAGCUUUUCCCCCCUCCUCCAGCGUCGUCUCGCCUCCGCGCGCUCCCCGCCGGCGACGGCCCCGCCCCCUUGCCUCCUCUCUCGCGAGCACGGCCGCCGGCGAGCAGGUCUGGAGCAGCGACGCGCGCGGCCGGCCCCCCCAUCGCGGUCCUCGAAUCGAAUCGGAGCUUCUUCCGGAUUUUUCUCUGAUUAAGAGCAAUCUGUUAGUUCCGCUCCUGGUUCACUGAGGAAUAAUUUGCCGUGGGAUGCAUCAGUAACAAUGGAAGAACUUCAUGACUGUGUGGUCCAGUUGAGGAGCAAUCCUCAGCGGUGCAGGGACACCGUUUAUGUUGGCUGUGGUGCUGGAUUUGGGGGUGACCGGCCCAUGGCUGCUCUCAAGUUGCUGGAGAGAGUCAAGGAACUUAACUACCUUGUGCUCGAGUGUUUGGCCGAGCGAACUCUCGUGGAUCGCUACCAAAUCAUGAUGUCGGGAGGAAAAGGAUAUGAUCCCCGAGUUAAGGAGUGGCUGUCUGUGCUUCUACCCUUAGCCUUGGAUAGAGGAGUUUGCAUAAUAACUAACAUGGGCGCUGUGGAUCCACUUGGAGCUCAAGAAGAAGUUCUGGAGCUGGCAUCUAAUUUGGGAUUGGAAAUAACAGUCGCUGUAGCUUAUGAAACAUCUUCAGGAAAUUCUGUAUUUUCUAAUGAAUCAACUGGGGUGCGACAGGGCGGAAGCACAUAUCUUGGUGUGGCCUCAAUUGUACACUGCCUAGAAAAUGGCAAACCACAAGUUGUUAUUACUUCUCGGGUUGCUGAUGCUGCGCUGUUCUUAGCACCUAUGGUAUAUGAAUUAGGUUGGAAUUGGAAUGACUUUGAGGAGUUGUCACAAGGGACAUUGGCUAGCCAUCUUUUGGAAUGUGGAUGCCAACUCACUGGAGGGUAUUUCAUGCACCCUGGAGAUGCAUAUCGAGAUUUUUCUUUUGAACAGCUUCUGGAUUUGUCUCUUCCAUAUGCCGAAGUCAGUUACAAAGGAGAAGUGUUUGUUGGAAAGGCAGAGGGCAGCGGAGGUCUUCUAAGCUACAGCACAUGUGCAGAACAGCUUCUGUACGAAGUUGGAGAUCCUGCAAACUAUAUUACUCCUGAUCUGGUUGUAGAUUUCCGUGAUGUGAAGUUCCAGCAAAUAUCAAAAGACAAGGUCCAGUGCAAAGGAGCAAAACCAUCCAAUCCUUGCUGGCCCGAGAAACUCCUCCAAUUGCUUCCUACUGAGAGCGGAUGGAAAGGCUGGGGAGAGAUAUCAUACGGUGGCCAAGAAUGUUUGAAGCGAGCUCAUGCAGCAGAAUACCUCGUUAGGUCAUGGAUGGAUGAAACAUAUCCUGGCAUUGAAGGAAAAAUUAUCUCAUACAUAAUAGGAUAUGAUAGUUUGAAAGCCAUUGGAGAUAACAAAGACAGUUCUGUCAAACAAGUGAUGGAUGUCAGGUUCCGGAUGGAUGGGCUAUUUGAGCUGGAAGAACAUGCUAUCAAAUUUGUUGAAGAGUUCAUUGCACUUUAUACAAAUGGGCCGGCUGGUGGUGGCGGCAUAAGCACUGGGCAGAAGAAGGAAAUAACUCUGCAGAAAAUACUGGUUGAUCGGGAGAAGAUCUUUUGGCAAGUAAAUAUGAAGAAAUCAAGUAUUCCUUCUCCACAGAAUCAGGCUACGAAUGCUGACAAGGGUCAAAUGUGUGAUCAACAACAACACAAGUGCCCAAGAAGGUGUGCAAUGGGCACUCUUCCCUUGAACACAAACAUGGACACACUGCCAUCUGCUGUUCCUUCUCCAUCUGGAACAAAGAUUCCUCUAUACCACGUAGCUCACAGCAGGGCCGGUGAUAAAGGGAAUGAUUUGAAUUUCUCCAUCAUUCCGCAUUUCCCUGAUGACAUUGGUCGGCUGAGGGCAGUGAUCACUCGAGAUUGGGUCAAGAAUGCUGUUUCACCCCUUCUUGAUUCCUCCUUGUUUCCCGCUGAUCGAGCAAAUCAGGUUCGGUAUGAUCCGCUCGAGAAUGUAAGUAUUGAGAUUUAUGAUGUCCCAGGAAUCAGCUCCCUGAACGUUGUCGUGAGGAAUAUCCUCGAUGGCGGUGUGAAUUCUUCGAGAAGGAUUGAUCGGCACGGGAAAACUCUAUCAGAUCUCAUCUUGUGCCAGAAUGUUGUCUUGCCUCCGUGAUCGCAGAUAUCUAUCUGGUUCUGUAGCUUCCGACCGGGGCUUUUAGAAGCUUGAAAAUUUGGCAUGCAAAUAGCCAGAGGUGAACCGAUCCCUUUACCUUCAUGAAGCUGCAUUCGCUUAUUGUAUGUACCAUGAGAAAAAUACCAAGAACCGUCAAGUAUGUGCAUUUCCAAGACAUACCUUGGUUGCUAUAUUAGUUGAUGAGAUUUUAAUGAGUUCCAACAAAUCUUCGAUGUCAUCUCUCAUUAGUAAGUACCAUUCCAAAUUAGUCAACUCUACUUUGAUAUCGAGUUUGUGAAUAAUGCCGUUUGGAUUGAGCUGGCUAAUAAAUCAAUUCAGCUGUUGCUACGUU